AUGUCUACAAUGAAGUCCGAGUGUGAUGGCAAUUUCAGCGAAUCGUUAUUCGGGUCGUAUAGUUUUGUCCAUGAUCACAAAUCUUGUAAAGGAAAUUCUUCAAGUUUGGAUUACUUGAUACCAGACGCGAAAUGGUGGUUAAAUCAUCGUCAUGGGCUUAAGACAGGUCUCGAGAGCCAACUGGUUGACGAAUAUUUUGCUUGCACAAAAAACGAUAGUUCUAUUUCUUCGGACGUGUUCUCGGAAGUUAUUCUCUCCAGUUCGGACUCUUGCGAUUAUGGGCUCACUGAACAGCCUGUGAAGAGUUGUUCUGAAUCUGAUACUCAUUGGGUAGGGCUUGACAAAAUCAGACCUUGGUGGCAUGCGGUGGACAAGGACGAUAUAGCAUCAUCUCAUGAUAAUGGGUCACUGAGUGUUGAAAAGGUUUUGGAUGGUUGUGAGAUUUGUUUUGGUCAAUCGGAAGAACGAAUGGAAGAUGAAGAGAAAGCUAAGGCUUAUGAGUCGGAUGGCAGACGAGGAUUAACAGAGUGCAUGCUGCCAGAGUCGUGUAAAACUUUCGGCAGCCAAGAAGACAGUCCCCAUGCGUCCGAACCAGACUCGCCAAGCACAGGUCUUACCCGGGCCCAGCUGUUACAAGCCCUCUGCCAUUCCCAAACGCGCGCGAGAGAGGCUGAAAAAUCGGCACAGGAAGCAUGUGACGAGAAGGAAAAAAUCGUCAAUAUCUUUUUCCAGCAGGCAUCGUGCCUUUUUGCCUACAGACAGUGGCUCCGUUUGCUGCAGCUGGAGUCGCUGUGUCUUCAUCUUGGGAGGCGGCCGGCAGAUCCCAUUAAAGGCACAGUUUCUUUGAUGAAAAAGGGCACACGGGCCCCAAGAACAAAACGGGCUAAGGCCGGAUGUUGUGUGAGCAAACGAGCAAUUGCUUUUACAGUGGGUUUUGCGCUUGCUGGCGCAGGUUUGCUUGUUGGGUGGACUGUUGGAUGGCUUCUCCCUGCUCUGUAG